UCAAGAAGCGAUUCACUAUGAAUGAUUGUUCUUACAAUUUAGGAAAAAUAAAAAAUAUAAUUAUAUGUAAUUUUAUAAAUUUAUUUAACAUUUUUUGUGCUACAAAUACCUGUGUUCAGUGCUUUAAUUAAUAAGUUGUUAAGUUUAAUAAGAAGAUACAAAUGAAUAGCCUCCAAUCAUCAAGGCUCAGCGAGGACGACCUCUACAGUUCUCCGUCCUCAGAUGAAAAGAUGGACACAGCGUCCGAAUCGUUGCGAUCGACUCAAGACACUCCGAAUUCGAUCCUUUCCGAUUCAGAGGAACGGGAAACUGAAGUCCUGAGGCUCCAAAAUCCGAACGUCCUAAGAUUAUUAGAACCGGAAAAAUUAGACAAUAAAUUACCAUUAAAACCCGAACUCAACGAUAGCCUUGUUACUCGAAUGUCGAAUUUAAGGAUCGAGUCUCCGAUCCGACCCAAGAACUUAGGGAUAAGUCCGCCCAGACUCAGUUCGACCCUCACAUUAACGACUAGUCAUCCAUUGAUGACGCUAAGUAGUCCGGACGAGAAUUUUCCGGACGUCGUCCCGAAAAAGGUGCCCAAAAUCGAUGAGGACAAAGAUCUGAGUCUGUCCAGUAUAGAAGACGAAAGGGGUCCAACAAAUGGGUACGAACUUUACACACCGUUACGGAAUACUUCGAAGAAUAACUUGUACUUUUCCGAUAACUUCGUGACAGCAGACAGUCACAUGUUGAGCGAAUCUCUGAACGUGCCGCCGGAUGUCGCGAGGGUCGAACAGAAGGAGAGGCGGAAGAUCAUACCGAGGUUCACGGAAACUCCGACGACUGAUAGUUCGACGCCUCAUAAGAACAUGUGUCGCUUGUCCGACGGAGAUAAAGACUGUGCCAUAAAAUACAACGAGGAAAGACAUAAGUUAUCUAGUCACAGCACGCCCAAAGCUAUGGGGGUGGACGUUUCAGAAUCGGAGGAGUUUCAUUCGGUCGCGGAAUGGUGCGAGUCCCCGGCCCACAUCCGCGCGAGGCCGAACUUCGAUCUUCCAAUCGAGAUGUCAAGCAAUGUCGGAAUACAGAAUGAUCUGGAUUCACCGGACGUGAUAUCAUCGUCGACGCAGGAAGACAGGUCGGCGUACCAAGCGCUUCUCGACCCGUACACGGGGUCGGUGGCGCUGCGCCACACCGCGCCCAAGAGCAACCCGCCCAGAAGGAAAGUGCAACUGCCACCAGAAGACGAAGACGACAGAUGCAGCCUGGACAGUAUCAGCGGUUGUUCCAUGGACUCAGAAGACGAGCCGCCCCCUCCCGCACAGCAACCUGACACCAGCGAGGAGGACAACACCAAGAGAUCCAAAUCAACGAACACGGUGAGCGAGUGCAGUGACCCGAUACCGGAGUACUCCGCCGCCGAGGAGUUCAGAGACGAGCGGUCAUGGCUCACUGUGCAGCACAGCGGGGGCAGGGCUAUUUGUGAUAUGAAGGUGAUCGAGCCGUUCAAGCGCGUGGUGUCGCACGGCGGCUACGAGGCGGGCGGCGCCGCGCUCAUCGUGUUCAGCGCCUGCCACCUGCCCGACUCGGCGCGCCCCGACUACCGCUACGUCAUGGACAACCUGUUCCUGUACGUGAUGUGGAGCCUGGAGCGGCUGGUGACGGACGAGUACGUGCUGGUGUACCUGCACGGCAGCGCCGGCCGCCGACGGAUGCCGACCUUCGCGUGGCUGCACGAGUGCUACAAACUGCUAGAUAGGAGGUUAAGAAAGAGUCUGAAACACUUGUACCUGGUGCACCCGACGUUCUGGCUGAAGUCGUUCGUGAUCGUCACCAAGCCCUUCGUGAGUUCCAAAUUCUUCCGAAAGUUGACGUACGUGAAAAGUCUCCAGGAGCUGCUGGAGAAGGUGCCCGUCGAGCCGAACGCUAUUCCCGAAAUCGUGAAACAGUACGACGCGAACAGGCGAUAGGGCUCCACGCAACGUUUGAAUCCAACCGACUGUAUACAAAAUAUCUGCAUAAAUCGUUCUAAUUUACUAAUAUUUUGUUGAAAAAUUAAAGACGGUAGUGUGUCCGAGGCGUCAAAUUACACUAAAAACAGUCGCCAUGUGGGUACGUCGCACGUGUGGCCGAUGCUUUAUAUGCUAUGGUGACGUAAGCAACUCGGUUUCUAAUGGAUUUUACACAUUACUGCUUAUAGAUAUAUUGCUGGGCUGAUGUUGAGGAUAAUGAAAGUCACUAACUGGUUCACGGUUUAUUAACGAGACGGUACAAUUAUACGGACUGUGACGCGCUGUUUACAUACGCAAUGUUUCGACUUUCGUACAUGAUAUCAAAGAGUAAGAGAUACACAGAUGUGGAACAUUUUAGUCAUAGAACAUGUGAGCUUUAUCAAUUGUUUACUUUAAUACCUAUGUACGGCAUAUACGGCACAGAUAUUUACCUAUUGAUGUAAUCCGCGCGUAAUGUUCGGUUCUCGAGUGAAGGAGCGUCAGCAAAAGAAGGCUUAAUAAUAAUUAUAACCAAGGGCUUAUGAUCGUAAUACAUUCUAUUAAGGUAUCAUCUAUGGUCGGUAUGUACUCUUUGACUAUUUCUGUACCCCUGACAUUGCUUAUGGAAAAUUAUACGGUGUAAUGGCUGUUAGAGGUACAUAAUUGUUACUAGAGGUUGUGCUGACUUACUAAGACAACAAAUAUAUAAUUAAAUCGUGUUUCGCUACACGCUUCACGCUGCGUCUGUAUAAUUAUAGUGUGCUCUUUUAAAGAAGUUAUAUCAAAGUUUUGCUCGUGACUUAAAUCUCGCAUAUGCCAUACAUCAAAAAGUGAUGAAAGUUCAUGCAACAACUCACGACAUGUGUUGAAUACUAAAUGAGUACCGACGACACAGCGCUACUCUGUGUGGGUAGCGACACAAAAAAAAGGAAAAUUGUAGAAGUAGAUCUUUGUUAAAUAAUAUUUUAUACGUAUAACACAGGAGCUGAUUAUGCAGAUAUUUUGUAUAUCGUCGAUGAUUUUUGUAAGAUAUUUCCGCCGCUAGAGGGCGUAGUCAAAAUUUAGAGAAUAUUUUCUUUUUCGACGCACAGAAAGAUUUGAUCCGCGAGAGCAUGGCGUUCAAGCUUUAAAACCGAUGCUUUAAUGAGAAUGCCAUUUAAAAUAUUUUUUAUUAGAUAUAAACAUAUAUGAAUGUAUUAAACAUUAGAUUAUUGCAACAUUAGGCGCCAUUGGUUUGAGAAAUUUGAUAAGUGAUACCCAACAGCGUACGAAUAGCGCUCAGAGUGAGAGGACGUUAGAAGUGGCAACGUGCUUAUUGCAGACUUAUCCGUUCCGUUCCGCACGGUUAGAAUGAUAUAUAUAUAUAUAUAUAUAUAUAUAAAAAACUUCCUAACGUACAAAAAAUAUUGUUUCAUUGAACCAGAAAUGCAGAACAUUUCGCCAAAGUUUGAUCACAAUCGAAAGGAUCGUUCGGGGCGUAAAGACAAAUGUUAUGUUUUACUAAGAUAACGUUAAACGCGUCAGCGCGACGGCUAAUGGAGUGUUUAAUUUAUCAAAGUGAAAUGUUUCGACUUAAUAAAAGUUCAAACUUAUUUAUAAAUGAUAUACAUAGUUUGGAAAAAAACAUUUUAAAUCACUUGUUUACAUAAGUAGUGUUUGCAUUAAUUGAAUUAAUACUGAUUGAAUAAGCGACCUUCCCUGUCACCAGUGGAGGGGAUAAGAGAGGGUGAUAUUUGUUUUAGGAAUGCCGUUAGACUAUCACCCCUAUUCUCUUAAUACACUAAAACCGACGAAUAUGUUGUACUGGUAGUAACGUGUGUCACUUCUGACGUGUUCUUGUUCUGUGCUGACGCACAGACAUUUUUUAUAACAAUAGCUUUUAUAGAAUUUUGCACAAUUUGAUAUCGUUUGGAGGUAAAGAUUCAGUAACAAAGUAAUUUGUACGAAUUCAAUGAGUGGUUAGUGAUAGGGAUGUUACGAAUGCUCAAAUCCCUACUAAUUUUACAAUAUGGCGGAGAUUUUUUUUAAUAUGGCAUAAAUGUUUCAAUAUAAUGGUUACUAUGAUGUGGUGGAAUUAUUUAAAUUGGAGUUUAAAAUUUCUUGGAGUCGUCUGCCAUAUUCGUCGUGACGUCACAAAUUUAUAUAUGCACAUUCACACACAUGACACAUAUAUUUACGGUAAAAAGAAUCAGUUUAUUGCUUCGUACAAAUUAUUUUCUUACAUAAAAAUAGAUUUUAAAGUAACAACGAUAGCGAGAUAAGAUUUUUUUUUUUUAAUUAAUGUAUUUUUGUACUUUUCUCUUCCCCCUCUCUCAACCCUAGGGGGUAAUCUCAUUAAAUAUACAAUUUUAUUUUAUAACCUUUGCCCAGCUGUGGGAUCGUUCACUUGGUAUUUCUGUGUGAUGAAGGUUUAGUUAUUAUGUCGUUCGGUCGGAGCGACGUCUGAAUCGCUUCGGAGCCAUUGAUAUUGUGCCCAAAUGCAACUUCUGUUCGAUACUAUAUAACUAUAAUUAGAUUUUAGUCUAAAACUCUAUUUUUUCUAAUUCCCACUUUCAAAAAGAUCUCGAAUAUUUUAAAAUUAUAUUUUUUAUCUUCGUUCAUUAAUAAAUAUAUGUAAAAUGUCAUGUCACUAAAUAAAACAAACUCCUGUCCCUGGUCGUGUUGUUUGUACUCGUUGGUAUUGAGCCUCGUAGCCACACACCCACAGUCGGAAUACUUACAUAAUUAUA